GUUCAGAGGAGCCCAGUUCCUCAUCCCUGAGCUUCCCCUUGGGUGUUUGCCAGGGCCCACCCCCUCCCACCUCCCACUCCAUACUGCCUCCCAGCAUCAGCCCCUCCCAUAGGGGUCACUCCCUCCAUGACCCAGCUCUGUUCACCCAGGCCCAAAGCCCUUGCUUUCCCCAUCCCUGUCCGUACCGAGGGCCUGGGUGAUGGGGAGGCACCAGGUAGAUCAGUGGACCCAUGUGCCUCCCCCUGGGGUCCUAGGCCAGCCCGGAUCCUGGACAGUAUCCUAGGGCUGGGGGCACUGGGGCUGACAGUUCAGGCAGUCUUUUUCAUGACUGGUCCAGCCCUGCUCCUGCUGCUGCUCCUCAUCAGCUUCCUGGCCUUUGACCUGCUCCACAGGCCUGCAGACCCCAACCUGCCACAGCAUGUCAUCCUCACAGGGGGCCAGAGUCAGGGGGCCGGUGAGGGGCCUGGACAGCAGGAGGCUCUUCAGCCCACAGUGACAAUCACGAGACAAAUCCAGGACGCCCUCCUGUUGCUUCUCUUGGGCCUGGGGCUGCUGCUGGGGGUGCAUGGCCUGCCGCUAGCCCUGCUUGGCCUGGCUUUCUGCCUUCACCCUUGGGUCUGAAUGCCCAUCUUCCUGAGACACUGAGUGGAACAUGCUGCUUCCGGGAGCCUUCUUUCCUCCCCCUGAGCUGGGCAGACUCGAGGGGACCUCUUUAUCCCAAGCUGAACCUCAGAGGACCUCUGGCCUCAAAAUAUAAUCAGUGAAUACCUA